AUGGAAUAUAUUGAUAGUAUGAAAAGCGGUGAUGAUGAGUCAGAUAGUUAUAUACAAAAUUCAGAAAAAACAUAUCCAUUAGAAUCAGAUUUAAAAAAGUUGGACAUAAAGAUAUAUAAUAAAUCGCAAUUUGAAAAUCUUAGAAUAAUCGGAGGAGAAAACCUUGCUGUGGUGCAUGAGGCUACAUUUCAAGGAGUAAAAUACGCGUUAAAGCCACUAAGUCCUAAUUCACAAAUGAAUUACAAAUCAUUUAAAAAAAUAAAACAUGAACUUAAACUUUUUUACGAGAUUAAUGCUCCCAACAUUGCUAAAUUUUAUGGAAUUUUGAGGGAUCCGCAAGUUGGCAUUAUAUUAGUAUUACAAUAUGCUAAUAAUGGCAGCUUACGUAAAUUCUUGCAAAAUAAAUUGCACGAAAAUGCAUAUAAAAUUUUGUGGUCUGAGGUUAUUCGAAUAGCGAAAGGAAUUGUUACUGGAUUAACUUUCUUACACGCAAAAGAAAUUAUUCAUGGAGAUUUAAAUUCUAAAAAUAUUUUGAUAAACAAUGGUGAAGCUCUUAUUGCUGAUUUUGGAUUAUCAAAAUAUCCACAGGACGAUGAAAAGUCUGCCAUAUACGAUAAAAAAUCAGACAUUAAUCACCUUGGAAUGUUAUUAUGGGAACUCACGAGCGGAAUUCCUCUGGACGAUAAAUCAAUUAAAAUGAAACUUAUUACUAAUACGCCAUCAGAUUAUGCAGAUAUUUACAAUAAAUGUUGCGCUUUUGAUCAAAACCAACGCCCAACACUUGAUAAAAUUGAUUCUGAUCUGAACUUGUUAUCAACAAACGUGACAAUAGAAUUUAUUACAAAUAAUAUUACACAAAAUACACUAUCUGAUAACAAUAUUAAUUCAUCUAAAAAUUCAAACAUGGAUAAUCAUUUGAGAGACUAUAAACGUGCUUUAUUUAUAAUAACAAAAAACCAAAUUACGGAUAAUCAAGAUAUACCCAUUACCAUCAGAAAUAACAAUAGUUCAAGCAGAAGCGUUGUUACUCCGACGGCUAUAGGAAAUAUCAAGAAUAAUAAUAAUUCAAGUAGAAGCAUUGUUACUUCGGCAAUAUCAGGGACCGAUUUGAUUGACAAAAAACUACAAACAGAUAACGCUUUCGUUGAACUUCUUGAAAAAACUUUAAGCCAAAACAACAUUGAUCUAUAUGAUUGCAAUAAAUUCUCUGAUUUUACGGAAAUUAAUAAUAAUCCAGAUAGCCAGACGAUGAAGGUUUAUUGGAAAAGCCGUGAUUUGACAGUUAUUUUAAAAAGUCUAACAAUUAAAGAUAAAAAUGAUAGUGGGAAAUUUCUGAAAGAGGUUUGUAAUUUACAUUAA